AUGAACCAGACAGAAAGGAUCGACGCCGCGUCGGAUAUCUCGAGUCUAAGUGGCCAGUACACUCCUAAGAGGGUCGAUACGGAAAAAGUGACUGAGGAAGCCCGCAAAGCGGCAGCCGCUAUCUCUCCAAACCCCUGUAAUCCUCUGACUCUCCCUCAAGUGCUCAAUCCCACUAUUCUGUUGUCUCAGCGGACAAAUACAUGGGGCAAACUACUCAAGGUACUGAUCAGCUAUUUCCGUGAAACUGCUGGCGUCCUGGAUGAAACUGCUAAACUCCAGGACCGCGCCGCCCGCGCGAUCGAUAUCCCUUUCCUGGACGCAGCAAAUGCCAAGGCGCCCCCACCGGUGCCUAUGCCUGGCAACUUCCGCCGCGACUACCCUUCCAACUUCAAAGACUCUGAAGAUAAAAUGUUUUUGGACUACGGAAAUGAGUCAAUUGCAGAUCUUCCUAUCACUCUUCUCAACUUCCACCGGGAAACCGCCCGAUCGUCAUUGGGUGGGGCUCAACUGAUUCGAGCUGAACUAAUUCCUGCUUUGGAAACUCUCCGCAAAGAUCUGCUUCGUUACAGCGCUGAAUUCGCCAACAUGGCGCCCCGCUUCAAAAAUUCAGACGUGGUCCCCCGUGAGCAGCAAACCACUGCAGCCCUCCUGCAGAGUUAUGGUGCUUCUAUUGAUAGUUGCCUAAAUGGCGAAACUCCUCGUGUUGAUCCGUUCGUACUGAAGGUUCAAUUGGAGGAACAGUUGCAUCGUCAGGCUGCGGCAGAGAAUUCGCUGCUGGAUGCCUACCGCCAUGCCGAGUCAUUGGCCCAGGAUGUGGAAAUUUCAACCACGACGGUGUUACAGGACGUUUUGAAGGAGUUUGCAAACAUUGUAGGCGGCCUUGGUGAUAUUUAUGUUCAGAGUGCUGCCUCUAUCGUUGACGGGUUUGGCUCAAAACACCCCCUGUUCGAACUGAACUCUUUCUUUGCCCGUGAAAACAAGUAUUUCUUCAACGCCGAAGUUCCCGAGCGCCUGGCCACUGCCGCAUCAUAUCGCCACCAGCUUUCUAACCUGGCUCGGCCAGUUCGCCAAGGCGAACUUGAACGCCGCACCAAGUAUCUCAAAUCAUUCACUCGUAGUGAAUACACCCUGACCCCGCAGUCUCUGAUCGAGUUCCGCAACAACCAACCUGUUCUUACCAUCGACCUUGCCGGUGCCGGUGCCACAUUUGAUAAGGAUCACAAACACGCUUCAAGCGACCGCUUUGUUCUACAGGCCCGUCAGGCCGAUACGGGUAAGAUGCAGACAUGGGUUUUCCGGUCUGAUAACGCAGCUGAGUGGGCCGAAGACGUCCAGCGAAUCUUGGCUCAUAAGACUCCUAAGGAGCGUGCUACUGCCCUCUUUGGCAGUGCUGAAGCCACGCAGGAAGACUCCGUCAACGAAAGUUCAGUUAAGGGUGACACUGUUUCCGCAGUUGCAAUGUCCACAGCUGCUGUAAAGUCGGUCAAUGUUGAUAACAAGUCCGACAAAGACGUUAGUGAUGUGUCUGGUACCACCCCCAGAAGACCCAGUAAUUAUAAGCGUGAUGAGACCGGCGCAGUGGCAGCCCUCACCACUAGCACAGGUGCUGUCGCUGGAGGCGCUCAUAACGCUGCCAUGGAUGUUCCUACUACCACACCCCAGCCAGCUGCGUAUCGUAAGGAUUUGAAUGUACUCGAUGAUAAACCUCAAACACGGCCUUUGGUUGGUGCCGCUGCUGGUGAUCAUGGUGCCUCGGCUAUUCAUGAUUCAGACGACCAAACCUCUGUGUUUUCCUACGAUCUCACCCACAAGGCCACCACUUACGAAGGUGAAGAUUACAAGCCUCAGACAUUGUCCGUAGCGGCCGAGCGUCGACUUACGCAGACCUCUCACAAGCUUGAGGAGGGUGAUGGAAUUGGCGUAGCUCGUACCGCCGACGAGGCUGAUGUUCCCGAGGAAAUCGUCCUAAGACGACGCAAGUCUUCUGUUUCUGCUGGCUCUAGAAAGAACUCCCGGCGUGCCACAGCUUCAUACGGUGACGACGACCUCAAGCCGCUGAGCGCUCCCGAAAAGCAAGAACUCUUCUUCUCCGAAGAUCUCCCUGCCACUACUUCCGGUCACAAUUAG